UAUAGGUAGGAUAUUAUGGUGAGGGCAGGCUGUUCGGGCUACCUAGAUAGCCCUAUAUUCAGGUUUUGGUUAGCGGUCUGAAGGCGGUGAUGUAAGGGAAGGUGUAGGGGCAUAGACUGGAGGCUACUGACAGGGCUGUAUCCGUAUGUGUGCGGUGUGCUUAGCCCUGGGACAUUAAUAAUGCAGGAAGUAGCGUGACACAGAGAUACCCGGAGGCGAGAUGGAGAUGUGACGUGUGUAAGGCAUGAAUACACUUGAAGGGACGCUGACCUCUGAUAAUGGAUUCUCUUGAAGAGCAUUAAAAAGGGAGAAAUCAUUCCCCUAUUUGACCAAGUCUGCAAGUGCCUCUUCUUCCAAGCUGCAUUGGAUAUUGUUCCUGACAUUUCGCAUAGCUGAUACGAUCAAUCUCAGAUAGAUGAUGACUCGACAUAGCAAUUUAGUCAUUUUGCUUUUGUUUUUAAGAACAAUUAUCACCGCAAAUGCAAAAUCUGUCCUGCUGGAGCUUAGUCCAGACACGUAUUACAACAAUCUUAUGCCUGGAAGAACAUCAUUGCUUUAUUUCAGUGCAGAUAAACCCAGUAGCAAUAUUUUUUUGGAAGAACUUCAAAGGGCUGUUGAGCCUCUGCAAGACUAUGGGAUUUUUGUUGCCAAGGUUAAUUGUUUCAAGGAAGAUAUACCAAAGUACUGUUCAGCAGAAAGUGCAUAUUUAUUCAGGGGCGCUAAAUUAUUAAGGGAAUUUCCCACUGACGCACUGUUUGAUGUAAAUGCCAUUGUUGCAAAUGUUUUAUUUGUCUUACUUUAUAAUGAAGUGAAAUAUAUAACGUCUGUUUUGGAACUUAACACCAUAGAAGAUGACGCCAAAGGCAAAAAGAAUGUUGUUUUCAUCUAUAUCCGAGCAAUAGGAAUUCCAGAACAUAGGUCAGUUAUGGAAGCUGCGUAUGUUUAUGGAUCAAAAUACCAGUUUGUCUUAACAACUGAAACGACUGUGUUAGAAAGUGUGAGUUCUGGGGAGUCUGAUAUAGUUUCUGGAAAGCUGUUCUUUAGUCACUGUAAAGUGGCGAAAUGUCGGAGAACUCUACUGGAUCAGCCAAUUACUAUUGUUAAUAUACAUCGCUUUCUGAAGCUUAUGGAAGCAGCGCUUGUGACAGAUAUCUCUGGAGAUAUUGAAAAUGUUACCAGCCUACAUCUGCAGCUUGGGUUACCCAUGGUUUUUAUCUUAAGUCAACAAGAGACCUAUGAUGCUGAUAGAAUUACUGCAGAGCAUUUGGCCUGGCAACUGAUGGGCAAGGCAGGACUAGCCAUAUUAUUGAGGGAAAAGUCUAAUAUUCCAUUAAACAUCAAUGUGGCAUUGAAAAGCGCAGACGAGAAUGUCCCAGUGAAAUAUAUGCUCUUAGAGGAGACGCAGCAAAUUGUAGACCUUUUUGUUGCUACAAAAAAUGAACAUAGGGAAGAGGCUGAAGACAAUUUACACAGUGACCAAGAUGUUCAAGAUGAUGAGGUUGCAGAAGCUGUAUACAGAGACAGGAAGAGAGUCCUUCCACUGCAGUUAGUCCCCUCACUGACAGAGGACAGCUUUGUGACAAGUGUAAACAGUACAUCCCGCUCAGUAGUUCUCUUCUAUGCAAGCUGGGAAGCUGUAUCGCUGACGUUCCUGCGUUCAUUUCUAGACAUGGCUGUAAAAUAUAAAGAUAUAAUGGAUGUAUUUUUGGGCCGAGUAAACUGUGGAGAUUGGCCAUACCUCUGUAAGGAACAGUCUAUAAUCAAUAUUCCUGCAGCAAAGAUUUACCAAAAUGGAAAGGAACCAUUGCUGUACAAUGGCAUGAUGGGCACUGAAGAGCUUUUUAAAUUUAUUAUGCUAAGCAAAGUGGAUUGCCCUUUUAAAUUGCUAACAAUGGCAGAAGCAGAAAAUUAUUUGAAUUGGAAACAUUAUGAGCACUGGCUUCCAUAUCAGAAUCUCUCUGUACUAGGGAUUUGUACUCCCUAUAUGAAAGAAGCAGUGGACACCUUUAUGGAUGCAGGGAAGAAUCUCAGAGGUUUUGCAAUAAUGGGAAUUUACUGUGGAGAGAACGCUUCAGACUUGGCAAGCAAAUAUAGCACAACGCUUCCUGCUAUUAUUUUUGCCAGACGCAACAAAAUAUAUGGCAUUUCUGUACAAAACGUUGCUGCCAGUGAGAUUGUUCACCUCAUUAAACGGGAAAUAUUAGGAGUGUUUCCAGAAGUCAGAGUGGAAAAUCUUCCGUCCCUUUUCUCUCAUAAGAAACCUUUACUCAUAUUAUUCUCUGAUGGUAAUCUGAACCACAAUAAUGAAAAAAGCAUUUCAAAUUUGGAGAAAGGAAAUUAUUUAGAGCCGUAUGGAACUUGCUGGCUUAAUCUGAAAAACACUCCAGUAGGCAAUGGAAUAUUGCAGCACUACUUCGGUUUUGUGCCGCACUUACCUGUGCUUGUUCUUAUUCAUUUUGAUACAAUGGGAAAAGUGUUUGCAUUCCCUUCAGAUCAGUAUCUCACUGAGGUUAACAUCUUAUAUUGGUUGGAGAUGAUCAAAGCAGGGGAAGAACAGCCUGUCUACUCUUUAUCCAGUGAAGAUUGGAUUGCUCCACUUCCUGAUUAUGACUUCCUUACCAUGAUGGAUGCCACACUACCUGAUUUUGCUGCUCAGAAAAUUCGUAUUCAUUUAAAAUCAAGUAGCAGAAGUAAACGUGUAGAUGAUUUAUCAGAGAGAACGGAAGCAGAAGAGACGGAAGCCAAACAGACAACGGGCAAAAGUUUACGUGGAACUGUCCCCAAGUUUAUAGAAAAAGAAAAACGAUUUAAACAUCAUUCAGAGUUAUGAACCAAGUGGUUUGCAGCACAUUAAAUAAUUUAAUACAGAAACAUUUUGUAUACAUUUUUCUGUUGUGUGUGGAAUAUGGAUGAGAAACAGGUUUAUUCUGACGAAUGCAUUAUAGCCGGGUACACCAUGUCCUAUGCAAUUAAACUCUCUGUGAUAAUUAAAUGACCACAAGCAA